AUGCCGCACCUCGAGUUUGUGAAUAAGCUCCAAGAGUAUCGCAACGAACAGGCUGGCGAGGUCCACUUGAUCGAUGUCUUUGAGGGCCCUACCUUGCCUACCGCCAGCAGAGUUGACAUUGUGGACCAGUCCAGCGACUUUCCAUCGGACCAAUUGAGAGACCUUGGGACUGGGCCCAAUGGCGACGUGAAUACAAGGCUGAUCGUUGCCGAUGAUCUAUCUCCACGAGUGGUCUGUUCACUUGGGUCAGUUUUUGGCGUGGAUCCAGAGCUUUUUGCAGCACAUCUGUACCGGUCGCGCUACCUGAGAGAUAGUGCUAGCGAGCAGAAGGCAUCUCAAUGGACCACCGCUGCGCUUCCGAAGUCGUUCGCCUCUAUACAGUGGUAUCGACCUGUCCAUCUGAGUGGCACUGUGGCACGCUGGCUAGAUGAUGCUAAGCAGCGCCGCUCUCUUUUUGCGGGCGAGACGUAUGAUGAAGCCAGGAAGGAGAUGAUACCACCCUUCAUGUGGUCAAAUACGGGAUUUGAACAAUCAUCUGGGCAAGUCCACGCUUACAGUGCGAUGAGUGUUGGAAACAUUGUGCAGAACACGAGCUGGCUACUAUCGGCAAAACCAGCCACCGGUCUCGAGAGUCGCGUGCCGAUGGCCUGGGAAGAAAGAGCCAGUAUCUAUAUGGUCGAAGGAUCUGCCGUGCCAACAGUUGUCCUUCUUGUAGAUCCCAUGCCCUCAAUAGUGGACCUACAGACCCAGGAGGAGGCAAGAUUGUCCGUUAGUCCGGUUCCUCGCAAGCGUACCUUCGUGACCGGCGAGACGCUGUCGGUCCAAGUCUUUCCGCCACCCGACGUUCGCAGCCCAGUGGAGAUACCGGCCAACAGACUCAAUUCCACAGACGAACAACUCGAACGGUUUCGCCUGGCUGCCGAGCCUUCCAGCACAGCGGAAGCGAUAAUUUCAUGGCUGACCACCUCAGGAUCAUCGCCCAAUCCAUUAGUGGCUAUACUAGAAGUGGUCUACCGAGACUCGGUAGGGUUUUUUGACAGCCUGGAGACAUGUCCCAAGGAGAUAAGCGAAGAUUCUUUGGACGAUUACCUCAUGUCGCAGCGUCUAUCCGAAUGGCGACGACUCAUGAAUGACUUCGAGAAGAGUGUUGCUGAGAUCAACAACAGUCUGCACGCCUUCGUUGCGUUCGCAUUUGAAGGUUACGCCAAGCGGCCUGACCGGGUCGAGUUCAUGCUAGCAGACUUGGAUGCGCGCAGUGCUCAGUUCUCCACGAGAAUCGAAAAGGCGUACAACGCCCUGCGAGCUGAGAUGGGAGUCUUCGAGAGCCGCCGCAGCAUUGCAGAGGCCGAAACAGUCACGAAGUUGACCGAACUAGCCUUCCUCGUUUUUCCGCUAACGUUCUGCUGUGGCCUUUACAGCAUGCAGGUCAACGAACUGCAGAACGGCGUGCCCUUGACGACUUUUGUUAUCACUGCGGUGAUUGUCUUCGUGAUCUGCUAUGGAGCUCGACUUGUGCUUCGGAGCAGCAUCGUCACCGAGAGUGGGCAGAUUGCCAGGGAGAUUCUAUGGGCACAAGGUCGGAUCAAGCCUGGAAUCAGCAUUCCAGCUCGACAACUUGUGUGGCUCACGAUCCGGGAGGCUUGGAAAAGAGGCGGGAAGUCUGUGGCAUACUUAAUCUUCAUUCUAACUACAUCGAUCACAGCGGUACCGGUGGCUUUUCUCUGGCGGGAGAAUCAUAUGGACUACGGCCUCAAUGCUAUGCUUACCCUGCUAUUCGUGCCCUUUGGGUUCAGUGUUGCUUGGUACCUGGCGACUGCCUACCGAGUCGAAGCUGGUGCCCAGCGACCUCUGGCAACUUGGCUGUUCCUGCUGCUAUCAUACAUUCUGGCCGAGAAGCGACAAGAGUCGAGACCUGCCUCUUGGAGGACAUCCGCUUCUAGCACAUCGGGCGAGACUGCGUAA